AUGAAGGCACUCAUUCUAGUCGGAGGGUUCGGUACUCGCCUGCGACCUCUCACGCUCACUCUCCCAAAGCCGCUGGUCGAGUUUGCGAACAAGCCCAUGAUCCUCCAUCAAGUCCAGGCACUCGCUGCAGCGGGUGUAACAGACAUUGUGCUCGCCGUCAAUUACCGGCCGGAGAUAAUGACUGAGGCGCUGAAGAAGUACGAGGAAGAAUACAACGUGCGCAUCGAAUUCUCCGUCGAAACCGAGCCCCUCGGCACCGCCGGCCCGCUCAAGCUCGCCGAGAAAAUCCUAGGCAAGGACGACACCCCCUUCUUCGUCCUCAACUCCGAUGUCAUUUGCGACUACCCCUUCAAGCAACUCGCCGAGUUUCACAGGCAGCACGGUGACGAGGGUACCAUCGUGGUGACCAAAGUCGAGGAGCCCUCGAAAUACGGCGUCGUGGUCCACAAGCCCAGCCAUCCGUCACGAAUCGACCGCUUCGUGGAGAAGCCAAUCGAGUUCGUUGGCAACAGGAUCAAUGCGGGUAUCUACAUCCUCAACCCGAGCGUGCUGAACCGGAUAGAGCUGCGGCCCACAUCGAUCGAGCAAGAGACUUUCCCCGCCAUCUGCAACGACGGUCAGCUCCACUCGUUCGACUUGGACGGCUUCUGGAUGGAUGUCGGGCAGCCCAAGGACUUCCUCUCCGGAACCUGCCUUUACCUUUCCUCGCUCACGAAGAAGGGCUCUAAGCUCCUCACACCAACCUCCCAGCCCUUCGUGCAUGGCGGGAACGUGCUCAUCGACCCGUCGGCGAAGAUUGGCAAGAACUGCCGCAUAGGUCCGAAUGUUACUAUUGGGCCGAAUGUAGUUGUGGGUGACGGUGUGAGGCUGCAAAGAUGUGUGCUGCUACACAACAGCAGGGUCAAGGAUCACGCGUGGAUCAAGAGCACGAUUGUGGGCUGGAAUAGCACGGUGGGAAAAUGGGCGCGCUUGGAGAAUGUUACCGUGCUGGGAGACGAUGUGAGCAUUGGGGAUGAGGUUUACGUCAAUGGUGGCUCUGUGCUGCCGCAUAAGAGCAUCAAGCAGAACGUCGAUGUCCCAUCGAUCAUCAUGUAG